AUGCCUGCGGGGAUGCAGGAUCUAAAUCAGAAGGUGACGGUGGACGACCUUCGUCGCGCAGUGCCCGAGUACUGCUUCACGCCGUCCCUGUUCUGGUCCUGCUUCUACCUGUUUCGGGACCUGGUAUACUCGGCUAUUCUGCUGAUCGCGCUGUAUCAGCUGCUACAAACCAGCGCAGUGCGGAACUCAUCACUGCUCUACUAUCUCACCGUCAACGUGUAUGGAGUCUGUCAAGGCAUUGUCUGGACGGGCCUCUGGGUGAUUGCACACGACUGUGGCCACAGCGCCUUCUCGCGCUGGAGUGUGCUCAAUGACAGCGUCGGAUUUGUACUGCACUCUUCCCUCCUUGCCCCGUAUUUCUCGUGGAAGUCAACUCAUCGGCGACACCAUAUCUAUGCCAAUCACAUUGAAAAGGAUCUGAACUAUGAUGCGCCCUUCGUCCUCUUCCUCCGCAUCUUGCUGCAGCAGACCAUCGGCUGGAACUGGUAUAUCCUGACCAACAUCACCUGCCCUCCGACAGCGGUUCCCAAGAAAGGUAUGUCAAUGUGGCGCCACAGUCAUUUCGAUCCCCAAGGUGCAUUGUUCUAUCCCUCCGAGUGGCUGUCCAUUGUGCUGUCGGAUCUGGGCUGCUUUGCUGUGAUCACUGGGCUUUAUCAGCUUUAUCUGCAGUUUGGCUCCUUCGAGACGCUUUUUUGGGUUUAUAUUGUGCCGUGGACAUGGGUGAACCACUGGAUCGUAAUGAUCACUUAUCUGCAUCAUACCCAUCCAUCAGUGCCUAAAUACACACCGGAAUCGUGGAGCUUCUUGCGUGGCGCGACCGCAACCAUGGACCGCGACUUCGGCAUCAUUGGGACGCAUUUCUUCCAUCAUAUCUCGACCGACCACGUCACUCACCAUUUAUUCUCGCGCAUCCCGCAUUAUUACGGGCCUGUAGCCAGUAAGGCGAUUGUUCCCCUGCUGGGCCAGCACUACCACGGACGGGGAGAAUUCACUUACCAGGAGCUGAAGACGGCCUUCAGCCGGUGUCAGUGGGUGGAGGAGGACCCUGGAAAAGAUGUAGCUUUUGGUUUACGCGCAACGGAGACGUUGACCAACAGGGACGUGAAGAACACAGGGUUAUGGUAUCGCGGAGGACGCAGUCCCUUGCCAGAGUAUAAGAUGCGCGGAUCCAAGUCCCUCUAA